AUGGGAAGGUCUCCUUGUUGUGACAAUAGAGGAUUGAAGAGAGGGCCAUGGUCAGCUGAAGAGGAUGAGGCUCUUCUGAACUAUAUCAACAAGAAUAAUGGCCAUGGCAGCUGGCGCUCUCUCCCCAAGCUUGCAGGUCUUCUACGCUGUGGGAAGAGUUGUCGGCUCAGGUGGACAAAUUAUCUUAGGCCAGACAUUAAAAGAGGCCCCUUCACCAAGGAUGAAGAGAAGCUUAUCAUGCAGCUUCAUGGCAUACUCGGAAACAGGUGGGCUGCUAUAGCUUCUCAGUUGCCUGGAAGAACUGACAAUGAGAUCAAGAAUUUAUGGAACACACACCUGAAGAAGCGUCUCCUCCUCAUGGGGAUUGAUCCACAAACACAUAAGCCCGUUGACUCUAACUGUUUAACUAGCACAGCACCUGCUUCCCUGGCCACCCGUCACAUGGCACAAUGGGAGAGUGCUAGGCUUGAAGCUGAGGCUCGGCUUUCCAGGGAGUCAUCACUCUUCAGCCAACCUCCGGAGAAAUCCGAGCCUGACUAUUUUCUACGCUUAUGGAACUCUGAAGUUGGAGAAGCAUUCAGAAACCUCACUACCGUGGAUAAAUCUGCAUGCCCUAGCCCCAUUUCUCAGGCAUCUUCGUCGACGAAAUGUGGAUCAGUGUCAGCUGUGACAACAGAAGUUGGCAAUACCUUAACAGGGUCAUCAACCAUGGCCGGAGACCAAAACGAGGAUAUGGAAGACAAGAUUUGCCAGACCAACACUGAAGAUGUGGGACACAAUAUUUGCCAGACCAACACUGAAGAUGUGGGACACAAUAUUUGCCAGACCAACGCUGAAGAUUUGGAAUACAAGAGUUGCCAGACCAACACUGAAGAUAUGGGAUACAAGAUCUUCCAAUCCAACACUGAAGAUGUGGAGUACAAGCCCUGGCGGUUGAACACCAAAGAUGUGAUGGCCGGGUCGGACUCCUCAUGUUCCAAUGAUUUAGAGGACUCGUCGGACACUGCAUUGCAGCUGCUGCUGAAUUUCCCCAUUAACAAUGACAUGAGCUUCCUUGAAGACAAUGUGGAUGACUAUGCAACAACUUCUGCUAGGUGGACACCCAAUUCUUUCAUUUGCCCCCUCUGA